GCAGUCGCGCGCACGCAGCUCUCGUGGGGCCAGAGCAGAGCGAGGUGUGAUCCGUCUUUGUUGAGAGUUUGGACCGGCUCUGCCUCCGCCGCCUGCCUUGUCUUUUAUUUAUUUAUUUUAUUUUAAUCUAAGCAGAGUUUUGCACGCUGUGAAUAUCUCCGUGAGCCGGUUGUUAUCCACGUUUUUACCGAGUUUUACCCCCGAGCCCCGUCCGCGUCCUUCUGAGCGGCUCCGGGAGACAAAAGCAUCAGGUCCGGCGGCGCUUUUCUCCACAAAAAAAAAAAAAAAGGGGGGGGGGGGUUAUUUUUCCCCAAGUCACACAUUAAAUCAGUCAGGAUUUUGCAAAAGCCAUUUCCUAGUUCCACACCGGGGGGAAUCUUCUGUGUGGACCAGCGAGCAUGGCCGCGGUGACGAGCCCGGAGACGAGCCCGCAGCCCCGGGUCUACUUCCAGACGCCGGCCGCCGAGGAGCCGGACACCCCCGUCAGGAAGCAGGGCCGAGUCACCGUCAAGUACGACCGCAAGGAGCUGAGGAAGAGGCUCAACCUGGAGGAGUGGAUCAUCGACCAGCUCACGGACCUGUACGACUGCGAGGAGGAGGCCAUCCCAGAGCUGGAGAUAGACGUGGACGAGCUGUUAGACAUGCCCAGUGACGUGGAGCGGGGAGCCAGAGUCAAGGAGUUGCUGGUUGAGUGUUUUAAACCUACUGAGGACUUCGUCUCAGAGCUACUUGACAAGAUCCGAGGAAUGCAGAAGCUCUCUACGCCUCAGAAGAAAUGAGAACGCCCCUUCUCGUGCUACAUGUCCCCUCCUUCUUCUUCUUCUUCUUCUUCUUCUUCAGCCCUCACCUCUCGUCUUCCUACUGCACCCCACUCUUUUCUCUCAAUGUCUGCUUUCUUCUAUUGCAGAUCGUGAAAUGAAUCACAACUAAACCCGGUCUCUGCUUCUACAAAGUAGUUGCACUCUCUGCGUCCUCUUUUGGUUCCCUGGAUUAAGACUUUCAUGUCACUUUUCUCCUUUUUUUUGUCACGUUAGCAAAGAAGAAAAAUCAAAUCAGACUUGUCCGUCUUAAUCCAGGCCGUUCCCCUCCUCCUGCUUUUCUUCUCCUGCAGCCAUCAUAUGGCUCUCCUCUUCCUCCUCCAGCCCCCCUCCCUCCCUCCCUCCCUCCAUCUGUCUGAGGAGGAGUGGAAGAGGAGUCGAGUCCCAUAAUUACUGAGAGCUGGGCGGGUGACGGUGGGAAGAAGUACAAGAGAAAGUGCCAGCCGCAGCCCAAAAAAAAACCUACUGGAAGGCUGGAGACGAGGGAGGAGACUUGGAAAGAAGAAGCAGAGCCUAAUCAAUGCUCGAGCCUCGCAAAUCAUUCGCUUUUUUUUUCCUGGUUCUUUUUGAGGGCACGGGGAUCACUUCACUUGAUUAUUUUUUAUUUUAAUUACCUAUUUCGGGGAGGGUUGUUAAAGCUUUUGCUAAUUAUUCCUCCUUAGAAAAGAAAAGAGGCAAUGCUGCAGUGGUGCGUUCAAAGACUGUCUUCUUUUUGUGUGCGCGUUUGAGUGCAUGUGUGUGUUAAAAUAUCUGCACUGUGUCAUUUUGGGGAAGAAAAAUCUCAACCUCCGACCACAAAGAGUAACGUAUGGUAUAUCUUUAGUACGGCAAUGCGGAAACUGGUGAUUGAACCUUUUGAAAAAUACAACAAAAAAACAAGUCACUGGUUGGCUGCUGGGGCCGUGUGACCAGAUAUGUUUUAGACUUUAAAACGAAAAGAAAAGAUCUGAUGCUAGAGGGGUAGUGGUUCUGUUUUUAGGCUGAAUGUGAAUGAUUUCAGAAUCAUCAGUAUGUCUUUUCCUGGAAUAUGUAGAGCAGUCAGAAGAGGCUCUUCUGCAGCCACUGCUGUGCGGCCCGAACACACACACGUGUGUGUCGGGCUGCUCGUUGCUACUAGUGUAUGUUGCUACAUAAUGUACAGCAGCAUCUGUUAUAGUAUGGAGUGAUUUUUGGGGGAAGGGUGGGGCUUGUAUAUUCUGCUGUUCUUGUAUGACAGAUUUGUUUUUUUAGUAUAGGACUGGUUCCUGUUUUUGUAUUGAUUUUUUUCUUCUUGUCACACAUACACUGACAGUUCAAAAGGGGAACCCAGAACAAAGCUGCCUUUUUUUUUUUUUUUUUUUUUUUUUUAAAUCACAGCAUCCCAACCCGUCAUCUCCUCCUCACUCUUUCUUGUUUUUUCUAAGGAAAUGAUUUCAACUCGAUUAUGAGUGGAGAUUAUCUCCUCUCCUGCCUGUCAAUGUCUCUUGACUCCCCCAGGAAGAUGUCUGGACAGGAGGGAGGUCAUUGUUACGAACCGAAGCUGCUUAAUUGUGUUCACUGUCUAUCUCGCUUUCUCUCUCUUUCUCUCACUCACACACACACACACACACACACACUCGGGGCAUCCUGGAGGCGGAGGAAAUGUUACCGCGGCGGCAAACGCAGAUGUGCCGAGACGGAGAGUGAUACAGGUCCACAGUUGUCACGGGAUGCGUAGAGCUUCGCUGCAGCUGCCAGUCAUUUUCCAAAAAGGGGCCAUCUGUCUCCGGUCCUGGACCAAUCGGAUCGGAGGCUGAAGCUCUCAGGCCGACAGCAGGAGCAGUAACAUUCACGUGAUCCCUGUGACCAAUUGAGAACACCUGCGGUGACAGCAGACCGUGGCCGUUUGCCUCUCUCACACACACACACACACACUGUCCCAUUUUCAUCCUGCUGCUCUCAUUUCUCCUUGGUAUCCCCUCCUUCCUCCUCCCAUCCAUUUCCAUCCUUCUUUUCCCUUUCUUCAGUUUUUUUAAACAGAUGUUGCCUUAGGUAUUAUUUAUGUUACACAAACCAAAAAACAGGAGACCUUUUUUUUCCUUUUUCUUUUUUUUUUAAAUGUUAUUUUCAAGUAAUGCAAACUGCGUUACUAAGCAGAACUACAGCGUGUGGAGAAACAUGGAUCUUCUGUUGCUCCUUGUUUUGAGAUUAUUUCUUUUUUUAGAAGUGUGUAAUAUUUACUGUAGGCCUUGAUACAGUGACUCUGUUUAGAUCAACAAUGUUAUUUACAUCGACCGUUUGAUUACUGGUCUGUUUUUAUUGUGAUUAUGACACUUCUUGAUGCCGGGCCUUGGAUAACCAUGUAGUUAAACAAAAAUCCAUUCAGAUGCAUCUUGGUGCGAUUGCUUUUGCCUUCUAGUGGUGUUUCCAGAUUGAGCACUCAGCAUUUGUUUUUGUUUUUGUUUUUUUUCUUCCUUUUUGCUCACAAAGCACCCGGCAACUUCAAUCAGUAGCUGAAUUUGAGUGGAUUUUAAUUUUUAAAUCCAGGUUUGGAUUAUACCUUUUUAGACUGUUAUUGACAAGUCUGUUUUUUUUUACUGUUUGGGAAAUUUGCAAAAAAAAAAAAAAAAAAGAUAAAAUACAUAUACUGAUUAUUAUUGAUAUUGAUGCUAAGUACAAGAGCUGAAAAAUAAAUACAGACUGGAGGAGUGGUGGUAUUUUUUUUUUUUUGACAAGGAUUAGACAAACCAACAAACAAAUGUAGCAAUAUCAACAACAGGUUUUGUUUUUGCCCAAUUUUGUUACACUUUUAUGCAACUUUAAUAAAAACAUGUAAAAUGGA